AUGAUGGGAGCGUCGGAUAGCGCACAGGUGCCGGACUCUAUUCCGCUAGGUCGGGGCAUAGUGGCGCACAUUGACAAAUCUUGUUGCCAGGGAGCAGGAGGUUAUGGAGUUGUCUACGGAGGGCACCUUUCUCCUUCUGGUCAGCUCGUUGCGAUAAAGGCAGUGCAGCGCCACCAGCAAGUUCUUCUUUUGCUCAGCCGCAUGAGAAAAUACCAACUAGAGCAACACCGCGUCGACGUGCUUCCUGAGAAUUCGCGGCCCACCACGGGUUCGUCGCCUCUAGUGGCUGAGGAAGAAAACCACAGGAAAGAUUCCACUGAUUCCUAUGGAGAUGCGCCCGCUGUGACCAUGCGACUAGGCUCUCGAGGCGCUUCUCGGCCAGGUGACGGCGUGAUGUGCGCGCUUCCACCGCACCCGAUUCUUCCUCUUCCUAGCUCGAUGCCGGCUUGUGACGACGGCGAUCUGAACCCGACAUCGGGUGAUGCAGAGGCGAACGUGGAAAACGGUGAGGGGAAAAGUGGUGUUGGAAGUGACUCGCAGGGUGCCGAAAGAGCGUGCGAAAGGGCGGCCGACAGCAACGCAUGCCACUUGGCGGCAAAGCGUUUCGAGCACGAGGAGUUUGCUCCAGAGGCCGAAGCACAGAUCGGCACAACUCAAGAAGAGAAGCGGGAGACAGCUGUGACGCUCGAGACCAGGCACGACGGAGACACGCUGAGAGAUGCCCCAAGUUGUCAUGCGUCAAAAAUCAAAGCCUAA